AUGUCCGCAACUCCAGGGAAACACCAAGGCGCCGGUACUCCUCAACAGGACUCCCAGAGAGACAAGAAGCUCGCAACCCUCCGCGCAUCAAUAACAGACCUUGAGGCCCAAACUGCGCAGCUCGAGAUCCAAAUCGCCGAGAUAAGGACCAAGUUAAAGUAA